GAUGUCAAGAUUUCUGGGCCAUGCACGGUGACUUGCGCACGGUAGAGUUCUGCCCAUGUUAACUCAGAUUCAAGAUAGAAAUGACUGCAUUGAGUCAGACCAGAGAUUCACCUAGCCCUGAAUCCUGUCUUCAGCAGUGGCCGUAGCAGAAAACACCAACAAGAAGGAUAACUUGAAACACUCUUGACCCCUUCACUUUCAAUUUCUUGACUGCACUACAAGCAACCAGAAUGUCGGGGGCUUCAGUGAAAGUGGCUGUUCGGGUCCGGCCCUUCAAUUCCCGAGAAACCAGCAAAGAAUCCAAAUGUAUCAUCCAGAUGCAAGGCAAUUCAACCAGUAUUAUCAACCCAAAGAAUCCUAAGGAAGCACCAAAGUCCUUCAGCUUUGACUACUCUUAUUGGUCCCACACAUCGCCUGAAGAUCCCUGCUUUGCAUCUCAGAGCCGUGUGUACAAUGAUAUUGGGAAGGAGAUGUUGCUGCAUGCCUUUGAGGGCUACAAUGUAUGCAUUUUUGCCUAUGGACAAACUGGAGCUGGGAAGUCCUACACAAUGAUGGGCAAGCAGGAGGAGAGCCAAGCAGGCAUAAUCCCCCAGCUCUGUGAAGAACUGUUUGAGAAAAUCAAUGACAACAGCAAUGAAGAAAUGUCAUAUUCUGUAGAGGUGAGUUACAUGGAGAUUUACUGUGAGAGAGUCAGAGACUUGUUGAACCCGAAGAACAAAGGGAAUUUGCGAGUGCGAGAACAUCCUCUGCUUGGACCAUAUGUGGAAGAUCUGUCCAAGUUAGCAGUCACGUCUUAUACAGACAUUGCAGACCUCAUGGAUGCUGGGAACAAAGCCAGGACUGUGGCAGCUACCAACAUGAACGAAACCAGCAGCCGCUCUCAUGCUGUGUUUACAAUAGUCUUUACUCAGAAGAAACACGACACAGAAACUGAUCUUUCCACAGAGAAGGUCAGCAAGAUUAGCCUUGUGGAUCUAGCUGGGAGUGAGCGAGCUGAUUCAACUGGUGCCAAAGGAACCCGAUUAAAGGAAGGAGCAAAUAUAAACAAGUCUCUCACAACUCUGGGCAAAGUUAUUUCAGCAUUGGCCGAAGUGAGUAAAAAAAAGAAGAAGACAGACUUUAUACCAUACAGGGAUUCUGUACUUACAUGGCUUCUUCGAGAAAAUCUAGGCGGUAACUCCAGAACUGCGAUGGUUGCUGCUUUGAGUCCGGCAGACAUAAACUACGAUGAAACUUUGAGCACUUUAAGAUAUGCUGAUCGUGCAAAACAGAUUAAAUGCAAUGCUGUUAUCAAUGAAGAUCCCAAUGCCAAGCUGGUGCGUGAGCUGAAGGAGGAGGUGACAAGGCUUAAGGAUCUCCUGCGUGCCCAAGGGCUGGGAGAUAUUAUUGACACCUCCAUGGGGUCCCUCACUGCAUCUCCAUCCUCCUGCUCUCUCAGUAGUCAGGUGGGCUUAACAUCUGUGUCCAGUAUACAGGAAAGAAUCAUGUCAACACCUGGAGGAGAAGAGGCAAUUGAACGUUUGAAGGAAUCUGAGAAGAUCAUUGCAGAGCUGAAUGAAACAUGGGAAGAGAAGCUGAGGAAAACUGAGGCCAUUAGGAUGGAAAGGGAGGCAUUGUUGGCGGAAAUGGGAGUUGCCAUUCGGGAAGAUGGAGGAACACUGGGAGUCUUCUCACCUAAAAAGACUCCUCAUCUUGUAAACCUUAAUGAAGAUCCACUCAUGUCUGAAUGUCUGCUUUACUACAUCAAAGAUGGUAUUACUAGGGUUGGCCAAGCUGAUGCUGAGCGAAGGCAAGAUAUUGUAUUGAGUGGGGCUCAUAUCAAAGAAGAACACUGUAUCUUUCGAAGUGAGAGGAACAACAAUGGUGAAGUUAUUGUUACUUUGGAGCCUUGUGAACGAUCAGAAACUUAUGUUAAUGGCAAGAGGGUUGUACAGCCUGUGCAGUUGCGCUCAGGAAAUCGUAUCAUCAUGGGUAAAAAUCAUGUCUUCAGAUUCAACCAUCCAGAGCAAGCACGAGCAGAAAGAGAGAAAACACCGUCAGCUGAGACUCCCUCUGAGCCAGUUGACUGGACAUUUGCUCAGAGGGAGCUUCUGGAGAAGCAGGGCAUUGACAUGAAGCAGGAGAUGGAGAAAAGAUUACAAGAAAUGGAGAUUUUGUAUAAGAAGGAGAAGGAGGAAGCUGAUCUCUUGUUGGAGCAGCAACGGCUGGAUGCAGACUCUGAUAGUGGGGAUGAUUCGGACAAGAGAUCGUGUGAGGAGAGUUGGAGACUGAUCACUUCCCUGAGAGAGAAGCUGCCCCCCAGCAAGCUCCAAACCAUUGUAAAAAAGUGUGGCCUCCCCAGCAGUGGGAAGAAACGAGAGCCUAUUAAAAUGUACCAGAUACCCCAACGUCGACGCCUUAGCAAAGACUCCAAAUGGGUUACCAUCUCAGACUUAAAGAUUCAGGCUGUGAAAGAGAUAUGCUAUGAGGUAGCACUCAAUGACUUCAGGCACACUAGGCAGGAGAUUGAGGCUCUGGCCAUUGUUAAAAUGAAAGAGCUUUGUGCCAUGUAUGGGAAAAAAGAUCCAAAUGAGCGUGAAUCAUGGCGAGCUGUUGCUCGUGAUGUCUGGGAUACAGUAGGAGUUGGAGAUGAGAAAAUUGAAGAUGUUAUGGCUAAUGGUAAAGGAGUAACUGAUGUGGAUGACCUUAAAGUGCAUAUAGACAAAUUGGAAGAUAUUUUGCAAGAAGUGAAGAAGCAGAACAACAUGAAGGAUGAAGAGAUAAAAGUUCUUAGAAAUAAGAUGCUAAAAAUGGAGAAGGUUUUACCUCUGAUAGGGUCUCCAGAGAAAGCUCAGACAACCGUAGCUAAUGCUAAGUCUCCAAACUCUGCUGGUGCGGUGGAUGUGGAUAAGAAGCCCGUGGAUGACUUAAAAAGAAGCGAGAAUGAUGAUCUUGCUAAAGAGGAGCGUGUUUCUCAGUUAAUGGCAGGUGAUCCAGCUUUCAGACGUGGGCGAUUACGUUGGAUGAGGCAAGAACAGAUUCGAUUUAAAAAUCUGCAGCAGCAGGAAAUAGCAAAACAGCUUCGUCGACAAAAUAUGCCUCACCGAUUUAUUCCGCCUGAAAAUCGCAAGCCCCGCUUUCCUUUCAAAAGCAAUCCCAAACAUAGGAACUCAUGGAGUCCAGGCACCCACAUAAUUAUCACAGAGGAUGAAGUUAUAGAGGUUAGAAUUCCAAAAGAAGAUGAUAAGAACAAAGAUGAAAACAAAGAAAAAGAAAGUAGAGCUGCUUCUAAAGACCCUCAGCAGCUGUGGAAUCUUUAUGGCCCCCAGAGGAAUCAAGAUAAUAUCCAAAUUAACAGGCAGCAGUUAAACACACAGUCACAGCCUAGCAGUCAGCAGCAGCCAUCGCCUCAGUUGCGCUGGAGAAGCAAUUCUCUCAAUAAUGGCUCUCAGAAAAGCUUGCGGCGUCAGACAUCGGGCUCAUCUGAAUCAUUGCACUCAUACAGCGGGCAGCAGAAUCCAGACCUGCAGACUUUCCAGCAAAAACGUCACAUCCACCAGCACCGACAACCUUACUGCAAUCACAACAGUGGAGGCAGUGCAGAAGGCAAUACAGCUAACUUCCACCCAAAACAGACUGACCGCCUUAACCACUAUAACCAGUUUGUGACGCCCCCACGGAUGAGGCGCCAAUUCUCAGCACCUAACCUCAAAGCGGGCAGAGAAACUACAGUAUGAUUAGUUGGCCAAGAGUAGUCUGGGGGAGGAGGGAAGCAGGGGCAAUUCUGGCUCAUUAAGAAACAGCCAGGAUUGGCUUUGCUUGUGUCUUGGGUUUUGUUUGGCCAGGUAGAACUUGAGUAAUUCGACAUACAAACACAAGGCACUGGCCCUUCAGCCCAUUCAGUUUGCAUGUGACUUUUGUUGCAGUUUUAACAACAUUGAUUGGAAGAACAUUCUGAAAAAUUGUAAGAACUUUUUUCAUAGACUAGAAGACUUGGAGGGAGGAACGUGGAGGGGAGAACUUCCCUGCUAGCUCAUUUACCGUUUUUUUUUUUUGUGUGUGUGCGUGUCUUGGAGUAUUUUUCUAAUGCUGAAAAUAUUGUCUGGAACUUACAAAGUGCUACCUUCCUCCUGUGUUUUAUGUAGACAAUCAAAAGAGGAAUUUAGUUUAUAGCAUUGAAUGUUUCUUGUGACCUUUUUCUUACAAUAAGGAAACUGACCAUCUGUUUUUAAAUUGAUCUGGCUCUUCAGAACAGUAUUUUCCACUCAACUCAAAUUCUUAUUAACAAUAAUCUAUAAACCAAAAGUUGUCGGCUGACAAGAUAUGUGGCUUUUUUAUAGAGAAAUUAAGAAGAGCUAUUGGGUCACAACAGUCCUACUCCCUGAGUAGGAGAUGUCUUUUCUCCUCCUGCUUAAGUUCAUAGUUAUUGGUAUGAAAUUGCUGUGACAGUUAAACCUGCCUGAAUGGAAUUUUAUGUCAGAAUAUAUAUAUAUUGCUGAAGCAAUACUUUGGAAAUAAGCUUUUUCUAAUUCCUAUUGUAUCUCUAAAUAUAAUAGUUUUUAAUUAUUAUACAGAGAUUGUGGAAAGGAACUAGGAUUUUUUGACACUCUGGUGUAGGAAGAAGCCUCAAAAAGCUUACUCUCUUUAUUUUGUGUUUUCAGCUUUCUCGGCCAUGAGUCUGGGAGAUGUUCUUGAAAUAGUUAUUCUUAUGAAGAUUUAUAGAUCACUACUUUGAAUUGGCUGAAUUCUCCUCAAAGAUAGGAGAAUUGAACUGUUUCAUCUUAAUGUGAUACCUCAUGUUAGUGCCUCUGGUCUUGGAUUAAACCCCUGUUUCAAGACUUGUUUAAUAAAGGAGAAGGUCAUUUUCAGGAGAAAAUAAGAUUCCUUUUCCUUCUCCCCACACUCAAAAUACAAGUUUUAAAAUUUUUAAUAUCUAUUUUGAUCUGAAGAGGUCUGUACUUGCAGGUGAUUUGCCAUAAAACAAAUACUUGCAAUCCCUACUUCAGAUUGUUUCAAACAAAUUACAUAAAAACUAUUGAUUAAGGAAGAGGCUUUAUGAGCUUGGGUUUUUUUCUCAAUUGGAGAGUCCCAAUUUUAAUUGUACACUUUCUUCUUUCUGAGUUUCUUAAAGUGCAAAACAAAAUUGCGCUUACUUCUAAAAAUCUGUGGACUUUUAAGUAUAAGCCAAUCUAAAGCUUUGAGGACUUAUUUUGCUUUUAAAUUUAAUUUGAAUGCAAUUUUAAAACCAAAAUUGGCUACUAUACCACAUUUGGUAAGAUAGGUCCACUUUGCAGUGUAUCUGUACAGUUAAAUGAUUUGUGCUGUUUUGCACAAAUACCCGAGAUUUACUUGAGGUUGCUUAUUUUUUGAUAAAAUAUAAGCCCUACUGAUAAUUGUUACUUCUGCGUGUUUCAGCAUAGCUGUAGAUGAGUAGGAAGUGCCUCAAGCUUACUUUCCAUCUUAUCUUUGUUUCCUGUCCUACCUCCCCCCCACUUCAACUGUGUAUGGUGUAGCUGCUGGUUGUAACACAUGGUAAGUGGCAGCCACGCACCAUUUAUGUAUGGAUUAAUCAAGUGUCAACUCUUAAGUCUCUGCACAUGUGUUACUGAUAGGAUACUGGCCCUCUGAUGUAGGAGAUACAAAGUCAGUCCUCUGUCCUAAAAGAAUCAGCUGGUCCCAUCGCUUGGAACAUUUUUUUUUGUUUUACGGCAGGUUUAAUUUUGUGUCCAAAUACGGCUUUGUAACUUGCAUUUGUCUCAUGCUUUGGCCUACUUGAACGAAGGAAAUAAAGCAUCAUGUCCAAAAAUGUCUUGAUUCUUAAAGAAAAGAAGGCUUGUAGAUGAGUAAUACUUUCUUUGAGCUUGAGUCAGAAUUGCAAAAUGAGUUUUGGGCUGCAAAUAAUAUUUUGCUGUUGCCUUUAUUUUAGAAUCCUGUUUUAGUAGUGCAUUGCACUUUGUUUUUGUACAUGUCAAGAGUUAUGAGUUCUUUCAUAUCCUCAAAACGGCUUGGACUCUCUAAAAAAUGCAUGGUCAGGAAAAUCCUCUCAAUUCUGUAGGAAUACAUGAGCCAAACAGAGUUAGUCUGCAUGGGAUAGGUCGUGAGAGAAGACCAAACCAAUUUUAUCUUGUGUCCCAGUUUCGUUGAGGAUUGUGGCUGCCUGUGUGAAAUCACCAUGUGAUUGAACAUGGAGUGAUUUUUGAAGUCCAUGCAACUACAUGUACUGACAUGAGAUUAAAAACUCCUGCUACUUGAUAUUUUAACGCUCGACACUAAAAAGUUUUUGCCAACUUAUUUCAGCUUAAAAAUCGGAGAAGCAGUAUCUGUAAAUGCCUGGGUGGUGGUGAUGAUGAUGAACAAUAGGUAACCGUCAGGCUGUCUUACCCCACUGUUUUAGUGCAGCACUAGAAAAACAAUCCUACUUAUUCUGUUGUUGUAUGAUUUGACAAAAAAGACAAAGGGUAGACAAUAUCAAAACGGAGCCCAGUCUGCUCAGAGGAAGCAGCUUUUUUCCUGGCUUUUAGGAAGGUAUUACAGAAAUGAAACUUGGGGGGGCGGGGGGAAGUCAUAUAAAAAUAAUUGCCCACUUUAAGAAUUGAAUAUUAAUUACAGUGCAGUGCCUCAUCUGAUAAGGGAAGCAAUGUGAGAACUUGUGGAUCUCCUUGCACUAAUCAGAAAUACGCACACCUCUCACUCCAAAUUCUGUAUUAAUGGAGCUACUGAGGAGUAAUACAGCUGCUUCCAUAGAAGACUCUGUGAAAAGGCUUUCAGGUUAAUGGAAAUGUGGCAUCCAUGAUGGGAGUGCUGUUUCAGUAAGCUUAAUUGCCAUUGCUAAGUGCUGAUGUGCUGUGUGCUUUGACAGCUGGCUUGUUAUCCACCUGUGCCUUAGUGACGAUUUCUUAAAUAACCUUUAUGACUCCCUGGGGACACGUGGAUUUUGGGGGGGUGGAGGGAAAUGCAUGCCGCUAACGCUCCUCUGAUUGACUUCAACAUCCUUUCUCAAGCAAUCUGAAUUUAGGGAUCUGUCUAAUUAGAGGAUGCUAUUUUUAUCAGUACAUUUAGCAUAGUUUCAAUAUCUCCCUCACUGUUUGUCCUUUAUCCUUUAUAUGUUGAAAUUUGUUCUUUAUCCUUUAUAUGUUAAAACUUGUUCUUUAUCCUUUAUAUGUUGAAAUUUGACUCGGAUACUUCCCAUUGAACCACUUCAGGAGCUGCCACAUGAGAAAAAUAUGCUGUGUAUCCAUUUGUACUGUAAAGAAAGCAGUGAGCUGCCUUUGAAUUAAAUGGGAUUCUCAGAUCUGUCCAUUGUUUAAGAAAAAACGAGUUUUGGAUUGUCUUAAGAGCAAGCAUCUGCCUUGUGAAAAGCAGAACUGGUUUGUAUUGUAACAAGUGCUCUUUCAAUAAACUAUGAAAUGCUCUUGUAAGU